AAAACGAUAACUGUUUAAUAUAACGUAAAGUACUAUUUCCUGACCCCGAUCUCUUGAAUAAGGAUGUCAUCCUCGGCGUAUAUUGUUGCAUUCAUAGCAAUAUCUUUAUAUUAUUUUCAAUUUCAUCACAAAAACUUGCCUCCUGCAUAUGAAGGCAUAUUUUUACCAGAAUCCCGUUCAGUUGCUGAGUUGUUCAGAUCCCAGGUUGAAAGUGGGCAGGAAAUAGGAGGAACAUUUGCAGUUUACUAUAAAGGGCGUCUAGUAGUUGACCUAUGGGGAGGAUAUGCAGAUAGGCAAUACGAUCUGCAAAAAUGGAGGAACGACACUUUAACAAUAACAUUUUCAACAACAAAAGGAAUGGUAUCUAUUCUAGCAGCAAAAAUGGUAGAUCAGAAAUUACUAGAUUAUAAUAAACUGGUGUCCCACUAUUGGCCUGGAUUUGGUUGCAAUGGGAAAGAAAAUGUCACAGUAGAAAUGUUGCUUCAUCAUGCUGCAGGCCUUGCUUACCUGAACAAACCUUUCAGUAUGCUGGAGUUACAUCAUAAUCCACUGAAGGUUGAAAAAGUUUUGGAGAAAGAACCGCCCAAAUGGCCACCAGGUACUGCCACAGCAUAUCACGCGUUGACUUUUGGUGCUUAUGUAGACCGUUUACUGACAAAUGCAGAUCCAAAACAUCGACGAAUAGAUCAGUUGUUUGAGGAAGAAAUAGCUCAACCGUUUGACAUAGAUUUUCGAAUUGGACUACCAAAGAAUUUGUCCUACAGGGGAGCACGGUUUGAGCCUUUUGGGAUAAAUGAGUUUUUAAGAAAUGCCAUUAAAACACCAUCAAUGUGGAUGAUGGUAAUCAAAUUGCUUCUAAAUCCAAAUAAUUUACUGAGUAAGGCAUCAAAUGCAGUUACUGGUCAGAUAACAAAUGAUCCCUACAUGAGAGAAAUCGCUAUUUCAUCUGUAAGUGGGCAUGGAACUGCUCGAGGUAUGGCGAAACUUUAUGGAAUUUUAGCUAAUGGAGGAAAACUUGGAAAUAAACAGUUUUUGUCACAAGAAACAAUAAAAGCAUUUACAGAUCCAAAAAUGAUAGGCGAAAGCUUGAACUAUGGAGGAAAAAUAAAAAUGGGGAGAGGUCUAUAUUACUCGAAAAACCCAAAGGAUGAAGAUGUAUAUGGACAUCCCGGGUAUGGCGGACAGAUGGCGUUUGGCGACCCAAUACAUAACAUAGGAAUGGCAUAUCUUACAAAUGAUCUAUCUGCAUUUGGUUACGGAAACGAUCCUAAGUUCUUAGCCUUGCAGAAAGAAUUUUAUAACUGCUUGGGUAAGAUUGAAAAAUCGAAAUCUUCCUUAGGUACACAGUUUGAUAUGCUAUCAGUCUCUUAGUACGUUACUAAGACAUGUGGACAGGAACAUAUGAGUAAAGAAUAUAUCAAAACAGGAGCUACAAGGAAGUGAGAAAUGAACUAUUUUAUUUUGCGUUCUAUUGGAUAAGAAUAUUUAGAUCUGUUAUCCCAUCUAUUUCAUGAACAGUUAAAAGACGUAGUUUACUAUUAUUUCCUAUGAUACAUAUUAUAUAUUAUUUUUGAUGUGUUGAUAAUUAAAAAAAAAUAUUAUCUUA